AUGACAGUCAUCUGACAGUGUGGUGCCCAGCCAACCAGCUAUACCUGUUUUGAAGACUUUAAGAACUUAGCCUCCUGAACAGUCUUCUUCGAAAGUGAAAAGUGGUAACAGCUGAUGAGUAUCAAGAAAUUAUUUUCUGCAAAAGGGCAGGGUUAAUUGUAUCUGGAACCCGUGACAGCACCUACUGGGGAAAGACUUCUAAGUGAGGAGAAACGGCUCUACAGGUCAUGAAACUAUGGAAAUGAGAUGGUUUUUGUCAAAGAUUCAGGAUGACUUUAGAGGUGGAAAAAUUAACCUAGAAAAAACUCAGAAGUUACUUGAAAAAUUAGAUAUUCGGUGCAGUUAUAUUCAUGUGAAACAGAUUUUUAAGGACAACGACAGGCUGAAACAAGGAAGAAUCACCAUAGAAGAAUUUAGAGCAAUUUAUCGAAUUAUCACUCACAGAGAAGAAAUUAUUGAGAUUUUCAACGCAUAUUCUGAAAACCGGAAAAUUCUUUUAGAAAAUAAUCUGAUUCAAUUUCUGACACAAGAACAAUAUAUAGCUGAGAUGAGUAAAGUUAUUGCUUUUGAGAUCAUUCAGAAAUAUGAGCCUAUUGAAGAAGUUAGGAAAGCACACCAAAUGUCAUUUGAAGGUUUUACAAGAUACAUGGAUUCACGUGAAUGUCUGCUGUUUAAAAAUGAAUGUACAAAAGUUUAUCAAGAUAUGACUCAUCCCUUAAAUGAUUAUUUUAUUUCAUCUUCACAUAACACGUAUUUGGUAUCUGAUCAAUUAGUGGGACCAAGUGACCUUUGGGGAUAUGUAAGUGCCCUUGUGAAAGGAUGCCGUUGUUUGGAGAUUGACUGCUGGGAUGGAGCACAAAAUGAACCUGUUGUAUAUCACGGCUACACACUCACAAGCAAACUUCUGUUUAAAACUGUUAUCCAAGCUAUACACAAGUAUGCAUUCAUGACAUCUGACUACCCAGUGGUGCUCUCUUUAGAAAAUCACUGCUCCACUGCCCAACAAGAAGUAAUGGCAGACAAUUUGCAGGCUACUUUUGGAGAGUCCUUGCUUUCUGAUAUGCUUGAUGAUUUUCCUGAUACUCUACCAUCACCAGAGGCACUAAAAUUCAAAAUAUUAGUUAAAAAUAAGAAAAUAGGAACCUUAAAGGAAACCCGUGAAAGAAAAGGUUCUGAUAAGCGUGGUAAGGUGGAGGAAUGGGAAGAAGUGGCAGAUCUAGAGGAGGAGGAGGAGGAGGAGGAGGAUAAUUUCAAAGAAUCAGAAGUAUUCGAAUCUGUUUUAGAAGACAAUCAAGACAAGGAAACAGGGGUGAAAAAGUUACCUGGAGUAAUACUUUUCAAGAAAAAGAAGACCAGGAAGCUAAAAAUUGCUCUGGCCUUAUCUGAUCUUGUCAUUUAUACUAAAGCUGAGAAGUUCAAAAGCUUUCAACAUUCAAGAUUAUAUCAGCAGUUUAAUGAAAAUAAUUCUAUUGGGGAGACACAAGCCCGAAAACUUUCAAAAUUGAGAGUCCAUGAGUUUAUUUUUCACACCAGGAAGUUCAUUACCAGAAUAUAUCCCAAAGCAACAAGAGCAGACUCUUCUAAUUUUAAUCCCCAAGAAUUUUGGAAUAUAGGUUGUCAAAUGGUGGCUUUAAAUUUCCAGACCCCUGGUCUGCCUAUGGAUCUGCAAAAUGGGAAAUUUUUGGAUAAUGGUGGUUCUGGGUAUAUUUUGAAACCACAUUUCUUAAGAGAGAGUAAAUAUUACUUUAACCCAAGUAACAUAAAAGAGGGUAUGCCAAUUACACUUACAAUAAGGCUCAUCAGUGGUAUCCAGUUGCCUCUUACUCACUCAUCAUCUAACAAAGGUGAUUCAUUAGUAAUUAUAGAAGUUUUUGGUGUUCCAAAUGAUCAGAUGAAGCAGCAGACUCGUGUAAUUAAAAAAAAUGCUUUUAGUCCAAGAUGGAAUGAAACAUUCACAUUUAUUAUUCAUGUCCCAGAAUUGGCAUUGAUACGUUUUGUUGUUGAAAGUCAAGGUUCAAUAGCAGGAAAUGAAUUUCUUGGGCAAUAUACUUUGCCACUUCUCUGCAUGAACAAAGGUUAUCGUCGUGUUCCUCUGUUUUCCAGAAUGGGUGAGAGCCUUGAGCCUGCUUCACUGUUUGUUUAUGUUUGGUACGUCAGAUAACAGCUAAUGAUAAAUGACACAUCAUUAGCUAUGCAUCGCAAUAAAACAGCCAAAAUGGAUGUC